AUGACUACCAAGCAGAAUAUCACCCGGCCGCCUCUCCUGUCUGAGAAGCACAAUGGGAUUUCAGAAAGAUUGCUUGAUCAGGCCCAUAAAGCCAAAAUAGGGAUUUUUGAGAUCGCUACUAAGCCUCAGAGCAACCGGACACAGAUAGCAUUGCCUCAGGGCGUCAGUCGUUCUGCAUUUGACCAGGCAAUUCAAAGCCUCCAGGGCCAAAUUGGUCAAGAGAAUGUUGAAUUGGUAACGAAACUGGUUGACGGAUGGUAUUUACUCACACCCGGGUAUCAGUUCAGAAGGCAUGUCAAAUUAACCCAUUUUUCGACAGGUACAUUGAGAGUAAGCGCAAACGCGACGCGAAAUACGAUAGGAUUGGAGGGUCAAGUACUAAGCAACCGCACAUUAGAUCCGAAUACCCACGAUGGAAUGCAUGUGGCGGAAGAAGAUGACUUCGUUGGCUCUGCUGUAGUCUAUCCUAGUAGUACAGAGGAGGUACAGACAAUUGUACGAUGGGCCAAUGAACAUCGAAUUCCCAUCUCACCGAUCUCCAUUGGAAGAAACUACGGCUACGGAGGAGCAGCCCCUAGAGUCCGCGGUGCAGUUGUAAUCGAUCUUGGAAGGCGAAUGAACCGAAUCCUUGACAUCAACCCCGACGACUGCACGUGUCUUGUGGAGCCGGGUGUCACAUACUUUGCGUUGUAUGAAGAGAUCCAAGCUCGUGGCUACAAGCAUCUUUGGAUUGAUGUCCCCGAUAUUGGAGGCGGGUCCGUGCUAGGGAAUGCCGUCGACCGCGGUGUUGGUUAUACGCCUUACGGAGACCACUGGGGCAUGCAUUCCGGCAUGGAAGUGGUUCUUCCAACUGGCGAGGCAAUCAGGACUGGCAUGGGAGCUCUGCCGGGAAAUAAUAGUUGGCAAUUAUUCGCUCCUGGAUUUGGGCCUACUCCAGAUGGCCUGUUUUCCCAGUCAAAUUUGGGAAUCGUGACAAAGAUGGGCUUUGGCUUGAUGCCCAAUCCUGGCGGACAUGAAGCCUAUCUCUAUACUUUCCCCAAGGAGGAAGACCUCGCCCAGCUGAUUGAAAUCAUUCGCCCCCUGCGAAUUGCCAUGAUCCUCGAGAACGUUGCUCAGCUUCGCCAUGUCAGUCUUCAGGUUGGACUUGAGGGCAAGCCGCGAAGCCAUUAUUACAACGGCAAGGGUCGCGUCCCCGACAAUAUCAUCCACGACGUCGCCAAACAGCUUUCCCACGGUGACUGCGCAUGGCUGUAUUAUGGCAUGUCUUACGGCCCCCCGGAAAUCCGCAAGUACAAAUUGGAUAUCAUCGAAAAGGAGUUUAUGAAGAUUCCUGGCGCCAGACGUAUCGAUCCAUCGACAUUGCCCCCAGAAGACUAUUUCUGGGUUCGUGACCGUGUAGCGUCAGGGGUUCCUGAGCUUGAAGAGCUUCGCUGGGUGAAUUGGCACCCAAAUGGUGGGCAUGUGGCAUUCAGUCCUGUCUCGCCUGUCCGAGGUAAAGAUGCAACGGCUCUGUGGGACAUUGCGCGCCAACGUUGUGAAGAGUUUGACUUGGACUUAUUCCCAACAUUCGUUGUGGGGUUGCGCGAAAUGCACCUUAUUGUUGAGAUUGUCUUCAACCGCGAUGAUCCCGUCAUGCGAAAUAAUGCACGAGCGAGCCUUCGAGCUAUGAUUGACGAUGCAGCGAAGCAAGGAUAUGGCGAGUAUCGCACACACCUUGCGUUCAUGGAUCAAAUUGCUGGCACCUAUAACUGGAACGACGGGGCAUUGUUGAAGUUCAAUGAGAAAAUCAAGGACUGCUUGGAUCCGAAUGGUAUCAUGGCCCCUGGAAAGUCGGGUGUUUGGCCGGCUCGUUAUCGUGGACGUGGUUGGGAAAUGAGUGCGAAGAACGAAACUUCCGAGGGCAAUGGUAUGAGCCCCAGUGCUGGCUCUUUGAAGAUUUGA